AUGACGUCUAUGUAUAAUUUCAAACGAAUUACAGUCGUUCCGUCGGCUUCGGUGAAUUUGAUCAGCUCAUUGUUUGAAAAAAGUAUAUUAUCUUGCAGGAACUGAAAGAUGUUGUUCUGUCGAAGACGCAGAGAAAGACUCCGACUGUCGUUCAUCGUCAGUACUCGAUCGGAAGAAUUCGUGCGUUUUAUGCCCGUAAGAUCAAGUUCCUGCAACAAACGCUUCACGACAAGUUGACACAGAUUAUCAACGAGUUCCCAAAGAUGGAGGUACUGAAAAUCAAUGAAAGCAGUUUUUAUACAUGUUCGAUUUUCAGGAAAUUCAUCCGUUUUACUCUGAUUUGAUGAACAUUCUCUACGAUCGUGAUCAUUACAAGAUCGCACUCGGACAGAUGAACACCGCUCGCCAUCUGAUCGACGGAAUCGCGCGCGAGUACGUUCGCCUCAUGAAAUACGCCGACUCGCUGUACCGUUGCAAAAUGCUCAAGAGAGCCGCAUUGGGACGUAUGGUCAAGCUGCUGAAGCGUCAAAAGUCUAGCUUCGAGUACUUGGAGCAGGUGCGACAGCACUUGUCCCGUCUGCCCAGCAUCGACCCGGCCACGCGUACUCUCAUUCUGUGCGGAUUCCCGAACGUCGGAAAGUCUUCGUUCAUCAAUAACGUCACGAGAGCUGAUGUUGAGGUGCAGCCGUACGCUUUCACCACAAAGGCGCUCUAUGUUGGUCACUUGGACUAUCGUUUUCUCCGUUGGCAAGUCAUCGAUACCCCCGGAAUCUUGGAUCAACCGCUGGAGGACCGUAAUACCAUCGAAAUGCAAGCUGUGACUGCUCUCGCCCAUCUCAAAGCCUCCGUGCUCUUCAUGAUGGACGUAUCCGAGCAAUGCGACCGUUCUAUCGAGGAGCAACUUCAUUUGUUCGAAUCGAUCCGCCCACUGUUCGCCAACAAGCCAGUGCUUAUCGGACUCAACAAGGUCGAUAUCAGACACCGUGCCGAUCUUCCAGCCGACAAGGCCGCUCUUUUGGAUAAUCUGGAGAAGGAGGGAAUCCCAAUCGUGGAGACUUCUACUCUGACCCAAGAAGGAAUCAUGAAUCUGAGAGAUCGUGCUUGCGACGAGCUUCUGGCUCAACGUGUCGAGGCCAAAAUUCAGGCUAAAAAAAUCACUUCGGUCGAGGAUUCGGUUCUGAACCGCAUCUUCGUUGCCUAUCCAGCGCCACGUGACGAGAAGGUGCGUGCUCCGUUCGUGCCACCAGGUCUCGCCGCGAAGCGUGCCCAGAAGAAGAUUGCUGCUGAAAAUGCAAUGGAAGUUGAUGACGCGGCACCAAGCAACAUUGCCAGCCUCAAGCAGUACAGGGACGACAACACUCGCCGUCUAGAGCGUGAAAUUGAGUUGGCCAUGGAAGAUGACUACAUUCUCGACCUCAAGAAGCACUACUUGCUCAAGAAUCCAGAUGAGAAAUAUGACGUGGUUCCGGAGAUUUGGGAGGGACACAACUUGGCCGAUUUUGUGGAUCCUGAGAUUCAGGAGAAGCUGGAGAACCUGCUCCGCGAGGAGGAACUUCUCGAGAAGGCCGGCGAGUACGAAUCGGAUUUGGACAGCGACGACGACGAGACGAAGGAAAAGAUGCAGCUGGCUCUCCAGAUCAGAGAAAAGGAAAAGCUGUUGACGUUGGAGCACGCCGUGAACAAGAGAGUCGCCGGACGGGUCGGCUCGCGAGUGCACAGCAGAAAGAGGGAGAGAUCGAUGUCACGGUUGGAGCAGGAGCUCGGAGAUCUUGGAGUCGAUGUGGACACGAAGAAGAUGAAGAAUCUGCAGGGACAGUGUGCCAAGCCACAGCUCGGAAAGAAGGUAAUUAAUGGUUUUUUUUUUUUUUGAGAAACUUUUUGUACAAAACUUGUGUAUUUCAGAUGAAAAUUGGACGUUCUCGCAGUCUCAGCGCAGUGCGUCCGGCGCCACGCGACGAGCUGGCUUUUCCGGACGAAACGAAGCGUGCUCACGUCAACAAGCUCCGCACGAAAGCGAUGCGUGGUCUGCGUCGCGAAGCCAAGAAGGGAGAAGCCGAUCGUCACGUGUACGACCUCAAACCGAAGCACUUGUUCUGCGGAAAGAGAGGAAAUGGAAAGACGGAUUGGCGUUAA